UUUAGGAGACAAACAGGAGAAUGUUACUCAGAAGUUGAAACAACUUUUAUUGCACCUGAGCUUCAUGAGGCAAAAUCUUCCCUAGAUGACGGGCAACCACCUCCAGUUGAUGAUGAGAGCCCUUCUGGUAGCCCUAAGACCACCCAUAAGCCUAAUGACUUAAGAUUAACUUCACAAGGUCACUCAAGUACCCUAAACUUGGACCCUUUCGAUACAUAUAGGUCAAACAGUUCCAUGCUGGUGCACAAUAAUUCCCGGGAAGUCUCUGUUGAAAAAGUGAUAGCAGAUGGUACUGAAAAUUUUGAAAGCUUAUCACCAUUAGCAGUACCACCUGGUGUUAGUACAGUAGAUAGCACAAAUUGGCAGGAUUCAGUGAGUCGAUCUUCGGAGUCUGGAAAGUCUGUGGACUGGACUGCCGUUUGUAAGCACUCAGAUGUUCAAAGUAAAGAGACAACAAAAUCGGAUCGUUCCAGUAAAGGAAGCGAUAAAAAGAAGAAAACUUCUUCGUGGUAUAAUGUUUUAAACCCUACAUACAAAUCAAAAAGUGACGACUUCAAGCGACUUUUCAGAGAUUUACCAGAGUCAGAGAGACUUAUUAUUGAUUAUUCCUGUGCCUUACAAAGAGAUAUUCUAGUCCAUGGAAGAUUGUAUGUGUCACAAAAUUACUUUUGUUUCUAUGCCAACAUAUUCAGAUGGGAAACCUUUCUACUCCUUCGUUGUAGAGACAUCACCAGCAUGACCAAAGAGAAAACAGCACGGGUAAUUCCAAAUGCAAUUCAAGUGUGCACGGAUAGUGAAAAACACUUCUUUACAUCAUUUGGUGCUCGUGAUAAAACGUACAUGAUGCUUUUUCGAAUUUGGCAGAAUGCACUUUUAGAGACACCCAUGUCAUCACAAGAGCUAUGGCAGUGUGUUCAUCAUACCUAUGGUGAAGAACUUGGCCUCACUAGUGAUGAUGAUGACUAUGUGGCGCCGUUAUCCCAAGAUGAUGAACAUAAGAAUGAUGGCAGCAUUGUGGCCGAGCAGCUAAUUGACAUGCCUAAAGAAAAUGGUUAUUUGUCUGAAAAAUAUGAAACGGCCUCAGUGACAGCACAUGAACUGGAAGAAGCUCCAACGGAAGUACCAACA